UGGUCCUAUCGUCCCAGUCAGAAUUUCUUUAAGGUCGCUUUAUGUUCCACUCAACGGCUAUCAGCUCUUUUCUACUCUGGUCUCCAGCGUUCCACGACAGCUCGUGGUGUAACGUGGCUUGCACGACCGUCGCUGGAAGAUGGCAACCUUUCUAGGGCCGCUCACUACAACAUUUACUCCGCCUGCAUCAUGUCUCGAUGUAAGUUUUUUCUAUCGAGAUUACAAUUCCGCUGCGGUGAAGCUCCUGGACGCGCCAGAAUGUUUUCCGUCAAGUUAUGUGAGCAGUGGGUUCUACUCUCCGGGAUUGUUUUGCCCGUCAGGCUAUCAUGGAUACACGGAGAAUGAUGGCGCAGAGACGAGUAUAAAUUGUUGUCCAAGUCAAUUUCAGUUCUCCGGUCCCUGGCCUGGAGCAUGCCUUACCGUCGACACCGCAGAGACCAUCAGCGUAUACGUAACAGGAAACCCCACACAAGCAACAUCAACUCAGUAUUACCCGCCCACUGCAUCGCUGUACGCAUCGGCGAUACAGGUUAGGUACAGAAGCUCAGACCUAGCUUCCUCUACCGCUUCGUCGUCUGGCUCAAUAUCGACCACGGCGGGACCGAGUGCAACUGCUGCCACUUCGACAUUGGUUAGCAGUUCCACUCCAAGCUCUGCAAGUAACAGUGACAACACGGCUUCUGGCAACACCAAUGGUAUAUCGACGGGCGCAAAGAUAGCUAUUGGCGUGGUUGUACCUGUCAUAGUUUUGAGUCUCAUCGCUGUAGUAGCCGGCUUGUUGUAUCGUCGAAGGUCGCGGGUGAAGGCUGCUCGUAACGUUCAGGAGAUGCCUGCGCAAGAGAUGCAGGCUCGGGAGACAGUAAGGUAUGCGAAAAAUCUCGUAGAGGUAGACGGCACAGCAACCCCGACGCUGCGUGAGCCAGUUGAAUUAGACACAAGGAGAUAAGGAUAACCCGACUUGCGCGAUGGGUUAAACUGUCGAAUAAUAAUAACAGCGCGUGCACC